CAUUCUUCGUAGGUACGCAGCGGGACAGGCCUAUCGAGUUUAGCACCUAAUUCUUGAAGUAAACGGUAUAUAUCCAUCCAACGGGGGAAGAACCGUCAAAGCUCUCAGAACAGCCCGACUCCUCGGCGGUUCUUCCUAUCGAUACAGCAGAAAUGGCGGUGGCGCCGGUAAAUGAAUCUGUCCCGAGUCCUUCAUGGUUUACACCGAAGAGGUUACUUGCAAUAUUUUGUGUAAUUAACAUGUUAAAUUAUGUUGAUCGAGGAACAAUAGCAAGCAAUGGUGUGAAUGGAACUAUGCGGACAUGCACAGACAGUGGUAUAUGCACUGCGGGUAGCGGAAUUCUGGGAGAUUUUAACUUGAACUAUUUUGAGGAUGGCGUUCUAUCAUCUGCUUUCAUGGUUGGACUUCUGAUAGCCUCCCCAAUAUUUGCAUCCCUGGCAAAAAGGUACAAUCCAUUUAGGCUUAUUGGAGUUGGAUUGUCAGUUUGGACCUUCGCUGCAGCUGGCUGUGGUUUUUCAUUUAAUUUUUGGUCCAUUACAAUAUUCCGCAUGCUGGUAGGUGUUGGUGAGGCGUCAUUUAUAAGCCUUGCCGCUCCGUUUAUAGAUGAUAAUGCCCCUGCUGCUCAGAGAAUGUUGUGGCUUGGGAUCUUUUACAUGUGUAUACCAACUGGAGUUGCCAUUGGCUAUAUUUAUGGAGGAUUGGUUGGAGGCUAUUUUAAUUGGCGUUGGGCAUUCUGGGGCGAGGCAAUUUUGAUGCUUCCGUUUGCUGUUUCUGGAUUUAUUAUUAAACCUUUGCAGUUGAAAGGUUUUGUUCCUGCUGAAUCGAAAAAAGCAUUGGAACCCAUAGCUACUGUUUCUGCUGAAGGUGAAGAUACACAGGUUUCAGAUGGUAAAGCUGGUGUCUUAGCAGGAAAUGAGGAAUUCAAUGAUCACAAAUCAAAGAAAGGUUUCUUGUCCAAGGGAUCACUAAAGAUCCUGAAUCAGAUUUCAAGGUUCUCGACAGAUAUGAAAGUUCUCCUGGUUAAUAAGGUCUAUGUCAUAAAUGUUCUAGGUUACAUAGCGUACAACUUUGUCAUAGGAGCUUAUUCAUAUUGGGGGCCAAAGGCUGGGUAUGAAAUUUAUCAUAUGAGUGAUGCAGAUAUGGUGUUUGGGGGGAUUACAGUUGUCUGUGGCAUUGUUGGAACAGUAGCUGGAGGUGUUGUUCUUGAUCGCAUGAAUUCUACAAUCUCCAAUGCUUUUAAGCUUCUUUCUGGAGCAACACUUCUGGGGGCAAUAUUUUGUUUUAGUUCUUUCUGUUCAACGAACCUAUAUGGUUUCAUAGCCCUUUUCACAAUUGGUGAAUUGAUGAUCUUUGCAACACAGGGUCCUGUGAAUUACGUGUGCCUCCACUCUGUUACUCCCAGCAUGAGACCACUAUCUAUGGCAAUGUCUACUGUUUCAAUUCACAUCUUUGGAGAUGUUCCUUCCUCACCACUUGUUGGGGUUCUCCAGGAUUACAUUAACAACUGGAGGGAAACUGCUCUUAUUCUCACGUCUAUCUUGUUCCUAGCCUCUGGAAUAUGGUUUAUUGGGAUUUUUUUCCAUAGUGUAGACCGAUUCAAUGAAGACAUUGAGAAUGAAGUUUUAGCAGUCGAGAGGUCAAGUCUAACGCCAUUACUUGGUAAAAACACAACAGAAGCCCAAGAGGAGUCUUUAUGAACCAUGAUUCUCAUGCUGAUCGUAAGUCAUUCGACCUGGUUAGGCCCCAACAUGGAUCUCAUGUGCAUGGAAUGCUUACAUGGUGCUUUAUCUAAUGUUGGUUUUCAUGCAAAUUUGUAACUAAUGUUCGUCAACAAUU